AUGCUUCGAAGGCAAGCUCGACUUAGAAGAGAAUAUUUAUUUAGAAAAUCACUUGAAGAAAAAAAGAAAAAGAUUUUAGAAAAAAAAGAAAAAAUUAAACAUAGUUUAACUAAUAAUGUGUUAAUACCGACUGAAUUGCGAAAAGAAGCGCUCAAUUUACAAAAUAAGAUAGAAUGGGAAGAUGGAGGGCCAAAAAAGUCCGUUAUUGAAGGAACUGAAGAAGGAGGAACGGAUGGGACACAUCAGGAUGAUGAGUAUAGAUGGGCCGGUGUAAAGGAUCCAAAAAUCGUAAUAACAACGUCAAGGGAUCCAUCUUCUAGAUUGAAAAUGUUUGCUAAAGAAAUGAAGUUGAUUUUUCCAAAUUCCCAAAGAAUAAAUCGUGGUAAUUACGAAAUGAAACAAAUUAUUCAUGCUUGUAGAGCUAAUGAAGUUACCGAUUUUAUUAUAUUACAUGAAAAUAGAGGAAAGCCAGAUGGAUUAACUAUUUGUCAUUUACCUUAUGGUCCCACAGCAUAUUUUUCAAUGUCUGAUGUUGUCAUGAGGCAUGAUAUACCUGAAAUUGAAACAAUGUCUGAACAAUUUCCUCAUUUAAUAUUCCACAAUUUUACUACAAAAUUAGGAGAAAGAGUGACAAAUAUUCUUAAAUAUUUAUUUCCUGUUCCUAAGGAAGAUAGUAAAAGAAUAAUGACAUUUGCUAAUCAUGAUGAUUAUAUUUCGUUUAGACAUCAUGUUUAUAAAAAAGUAAAUAAAGAUAUAGAAAUUACAGAAGUUGGACCUAGAUUUCAACUUAAACUUUAUGAAAUUAAACUUGGAACCAUUGAUGCCUUGGAUGCUGCAUCCACAGAAUGGGUUUUGCGACCAUACAUGAACACAUCCAUGAAACGAAGAUUUUUGUCAGAUAAAGAUGGUUGGGAACAAGAUGAUGACUUUAUAUAA